AUGGAAAGUGUAGUUGGAGGAGAAAGCCAAAGAAGGCUUAACAAGUACGCCUGUGCUUGUGCUAUUGUUGGUUCGAUGAUAUCUAUCAUAUUCGGAUAUGAUACGGGUGUUAUGAGUGGAGCAAUGAUCUUCAUAAAAGAAGAAUUUGAAGUAAAGGAAUCUCAACUGGAAGUGCUCGCCGGAAUCCUUAACCUGUGCGCUCUGGUGGGUUCUCUCUGCGCCGGAAGAACCUCUGAUUACAUUGGCCGAAGAUACACAAUCGCAUUGGCAUCUAUAAUCUUCAUGCUUGGCUCAGUUUUAAUGGGCUAUUCCCCAAAUUACAACGUUCUUUUGGCCGGAAGGUGCACUGCCGGCAUCGGGGUAGGCUUUGCACUCAUGAUAGCACCCGUUUAUGCUGCCGAAAUAUCGUCUCCAAAAACCCGAGGAUUCCUAUCAUCUUUACCAGAAAUUGGCAUCAGCGUUGGAAUUUUACUUGGCUAUAUAUCCAACAAUUUGUUCGCAAAGCUGACACUGAAACUCGGGUGGCGGGUGAUGCUCGGAAUUGCGGCAAUCCCUUCACUUUUAUUGGCCAUCGGAAUUCUGAAGAUGCCGGAAUCCCCACGGUGGCUUAUAAUGAAGGGCCGAAUUGGAGAGGCCAAGAAAAUCAUGUACAAAGUGUGUGACGACGAAGAAGAAGCUCAACAGCGAUUGAAAGACAUUAAAAGGGCCGCCGGAAUCGACGAGAAUUGUACUGAUGACAUUGUACAAAUCUCAAAAUCCGGCCGAAAGGUUCAAACCGGCGGCGUCUGGAAAGAAUUGCUGCUGAAACCAACUCCGACAGUGCGCAGAAUGUUACUCGCCGGCGUCGGAAUUCAUUUCUUCGAACACGCUACAGGAACCGAAGCUGUUAUACUAUAUGGUCCAAGAAUCUUCAAAAAGGCUGGUGUUACAGCCCGGAAAAAGCUUCUCCUAGCCACAGUUGGAGUGGGUCUCACUAAAUUAGUAUUUAUAACAUUAUCCACCUUCAUAAUUGACAGAGUUGGCCGGAGGAAACUCCUAUUAACCAGCGUCGCCGGAAUGAUUGUGUCAUUAACUGGACUCGCAACUUGCCUGACUGUAGUUGAACACUCAGAUGAAAAGCUCAUCUGGGCACUAGUGAUGAGUCUUAUCUUUGUGUAUACAUUCAUAAUGUUCUUCAACGUGGGACUUUGCCCGGUAUGUUGGGUGUAUAGCGCAGAGAUAUUUCCGAUGAAGCUCCGGGCGGCUGGGGCGAGUGUCAGCGUGGCAGUGAACAGGGCGAUGAACGCCACGGUUUCUAUGACAUUUUUAUCGUUGUCGAGUGCCAUAACCAUAGGCGGUGCGUUCUAUUUGUACGCCGGAAUGGCGGUGUUGGCUUUGUUUUUCGUUUAUUUCUGGUUGCCGGAGACCAUGGGGCGGAGCCUGGAGGACAUGGAUGAGAUAUUCAGCAAACCUUCCAAGAAUUCCAGGACGGAAUUGGAGCUUGCGAACAGUUAA